AUAGAGCAAGAACAGAACGGACUCUGAUCCUCUUCUCUCUUUUGGUCCCCCAUUCGGCCAUUCCAAAUCUCAGUUUUCAGUUUUCCUCCCUUAUUUUAUACUAUGUCAAAAAACAUUAGAUAAGAGUUCCAAAUAUGUAAAAAUGUAUAUAUAUUUUUAAAAACUAGUAAAUAUUUUACCAAUUCUUGCACAUGCAUGCUCAAACAAAAGGAGACACCGCUUUAUUGUCUCUGUGUGUCCUGUUUUUACAUGCGUCUCUCUUUCUCUCAGAUCUCACUUCCUUCAGUAAGCAUACUCUUCACAAAGCAAUGAGUGGAACUCUCUCUCUCUCUUUAUCUAUAUAUCACUAUAGCUUAUUGGCUCUCUAGAAUGGACUCUGUUGCUUAGUGGGUUUUCGGACAAUCAUUUUCUAUGAAACGCAACUCUUCUCCUCGGGAGUUCAUGUAAAGUUGGUGGCGGAGACUGAGACUAGAGAGGUAGAGAGAGAUAUCUAAUCUGGUGGCCUUAAUGAUCUGAACGGACCGUUUUUGCUUUUUGGGAAUUUUCAGGUGAAUACAGUUUUUCCCUUUUAUCUUUCUUGCUGCUGCUGCUGCUUCUUCGUUUUAGCUCUUUGGGCAUCCUUGUUUUUGGUGUAGCAGCAUGCUCUUUUUAUCUAAAUCUUGUUCAUUCUGUGAUCAUUUUGUCAAAAGUUCGGCCCUUUUGGUGCCUUAAGGUAAAAGGUUGAGCCUUUGCUUGUUGGGUGUGCUUCGCUGCUUAUUUUUACAUUAUUUGCAUAUUGAAGUGAAGGGUUUUCUGCCAUUAAUCUUAUGCAUUGAAGCUGGGAGGUUUAGUAUUAGGACUUAAUGAUAUUACUGUGUGGGCCUUUAAAAAAGUUUGAGAUUUUGAAUUUAGUUUCAUGGGUUUGGAAUAGUGCUGCAUUUCUACUGAUGGAUCUCUGCCCUUUGGAGGUAAUGAUGAUUAUUUUUGGACUCGGGUGGGAGCUUAGGGGAUUUGUAGUGUAAUCAUUGCAAAACUGGUCACUACUCUUCCAAAUAAAUGCUUUGGAGGAUCUCUAAAAUCUUGAAUUUUGGUUUUUUUAGUGGUUAGUUGCCUAACUUGAAGAUUUGAACCUGUUACAGUUUGAUGGAAAAUGCAAUAUAAUUUGCUUGAUUUUGUUAACGGGCAAGAGAUACUGCUACCAUAUGCAUUUACUUUCUGAUCAUGACUAAGGCUGUUCGUAAUAGGAUUCUCAAGGAAGCAAAUGGUCAUAUCAGUGAUCAUCUUCGCAAUCAUAUCCAUUUAACCAAUUGUAUUCAUCUGAAAAACCAUAUGCAUAAACAGAGCCCCAUACUGGCUGAUAGGUCAAUAAUGAGAGACCUCAUUGUUCUUCAGAGGUCCAGAUCAUUGAGGGACCCUUCUGCCAGUCCUCCUUCAUGCCACUCACCUUCUAUUGUUGAUUUACUUCCCAAGAAAGGGGACAAGGAUGCCACAAUUAUGGAAGGUACAAGGUCAGUUGGUGUUGAUAGUCAAAAGGAAGGUAGGAGGCUGUCAGGUACCUCAAAACACUUUGCUAGUUUAGCACCAUCAAAGGUUGUUCCUGGUGAGCUUAUUGGGGGAAAUGAUAUGACAGCAGCUAUUAGUGAUUAUAGUAGCAAGAGUAUAGCUAGAGGUGACGGGAGACUAAGGGGAGAUGAAUCUUGUCAGAAGAGCAAUAGUGUUGAUCUUUUGUGUAGUGAUGAGGACCCUAUAUGCAACAAAGAUGUUAAUGUUUUGGUUAAUGAUGUUAUUUUGGGGAAUUUGGAUUCUAAAUUUAGAAAGAGUAUACAAAAGGGAAGGCAUAGUCAAGAUUUUCAUAUUAAAACCCUUUCUGAGCAGCUGAAUGAGGUACCAAUGGAUAGUGAUAUGGCAUCUUCUAACAUCCAUCUUAAUGGAAGACGGUCUCAACAGAAGAAAACUAGUAAGGAACCUGAGAGAGGCAUUCAUGGGUAUGUUGGAAUGAAUAGAAUGAAAAGGCAGAAGGUCCGAGGUGCCAGAAGAACUAGGACAACUCCAUCUUCUAGAGAUUUUGGUGGUCAGAAUGAAAUAUCUGUUGCUUCAAAUUCAUUGGCUCAGGGUUCAGCAGGACGAAGGUACCACAUGGAAGAAGAAGAAUUUGGGGACCAAAAUUUCUCAAGAGAUCCUAGAAAUGGAUGCGGGAUUCCAUGGAAUUGGUCAAGGAUUCAUCAUAGGAGUAAAACAUUCCUUGACUUGGCUGGUAGAAGUUUGUCUUGUGGUCUGUCAGACUCAAGGUUAAGGAAAGGUAGCAUGGCUUCCCAUGAGAGAGAUGGCCUGAAUGUGCCUGUGGCAUCUGAUCAUUCAAGUUCAUAUACUAAAUCUGAUGCAGAGGUGCUGCCUCUAUUAGUUGAGGCUUCAGGAUCCCUAGUAAGCCCUGAUAAUGCUGGUUGGGUGCAUGACUAUUCUGGAGAACUAGGUAUAUAUGCUGAUCAUUUACUGAAAAAAGAUUUUGAUUCUGACCUUGCUUCUGAGGCUAGAUCUGGUGAUCAUCACAAGCUUGGGCAAAACCACAAUUGCAGGCAUCAAAAUUUGACUCAAAAAUACAUGCCAAGAACUUUCAGAGAUCUGGUGGGACAGAAUCUGGUAGCACAAGCUCUUUCCAAUGCUGUCAUGAGAAAGAAGGUUGGGUUGCUAUAUGUGCUUUAUGGGCCUCAUGGUACUGGAAAAACCUCAUGCGCUCGCAUAUUUGCCAGGGCUUUAAAUUGUCGAUCUUUAGAACACCCCAAGCCUUGUGGCUAUUGCAGUUCUUGCAUAGCACAUGAUACGGGUAAGAGGCGAAAUGUAAUGGAAGUUGGUCCAGUCAGUAAUGUUGAUUUUGAGAGCAUUAUGGAUCUGCUUGACAACAUGAUUAUUUCUCAUCUGCCCUCGCAGUUCAGAGUUUUUAUUUUUGACGACUGUGAAACUCUGUCCUCUGACUGCUGGAGUGCCAUUUCAAAGGUCAUUGAUCGAGCACCCAGACGUGUAGUUUUUGUCCUUGUCUGCUCAAGUCUUAAUGUUUUGCCUCAUAUAAUUAUAUCCAGGUGCCAGAAAUUUUUUUUCCCAAAGCUGAAAGAUGCAGAUAUUGUAUACACUUUGCGGUGGAUUGCUUCCAAUGAAGAUAUAGAUAUUGAUAAGGAUGCACUAAAACUUAUUGCAUCACGAUCAGAUGGAUCGUUGAGGGAUGCUGAGAUGACUCUAGAACAACUAAGUUUGCUUGGUCUGAAGAUAUCUGUUCCUGUAGUUCAAGAAUUGGUUGGGCUUAUCUCUGAUGAAAAAUUGGUGGAUCUUCUUGAUUUAGCAUUAUCUGCAGACACGGUGAACACUGUGAGGAAUUUAAGAGUGAUAAUGGAAACUGGGGUGGAGCCAUUAGCUUUAAUGUCACAGCUUGCUACAAUUAUCACUGAUAUUGUUGCUGGUAGUUAUGACUUCACUAAAGGAAGACAUAGAAGGAAGUUUUUUCGACAAAGACCGUUGUCCAAAGAAGAUAUGGAAAGACUGCGUCAAGCUCUGAAAACUUUGUCAGAGGCUGAAAAACAACUUAGAAUGUCAAAUGACAAAUUGAUGUGGCUAACAGCUGCACUGCUUCAACUUGCUCCUGAUCAACAGUACAUGCUGCCUAGUUCUUCUACGGAAACUAGUUUUAAUCACAGCCCUAUCAAACUAAAGAACGCAAAUGGAAGAGAUGUAGGCAAGAAAGAUUGUGAACUAGCUGAGAUGCCUAAUAAUGAGAGAAGCUUGUCAACACGUGUUAGAUUGGAGAAUCACUCUGCUAGAACUUCUGGUGAUUUUUACAUCAAUGCUGCAUCAGGUGGGCCUAACAUGGAGAGAAAAAGAAAUGGGAAAACUGUGAUGGCUGCUCAGUGGACAUCUGCUCUAUCUUCUGACACAGUUAGGGUGAAUGGCAGGCAAAUGUCGGCCAAAAGCCGUGAAGGAUGUGAGAAAAUUUGGUUAGAGGUACUUGGGAAGAUUCAGUUUAACUGUAUAAGAGAGUUCUUGUACCGAGAAGGAAAGCUCAUCUCUGUCAGUUUUGGUUCAGCUCCAACUGUGCAGUUGAUUUUCAGUUCACAUCUCACCAAAUUGAAGGCAGAGAAGUUUAGGGUGCAUAUUUUACAAGCAUUUGACUCUGUUCUUGGAUUGCCAGUUACCAUUGAAAUCAGAUGUGAAUCAAAUAAAGACACAAGUGGUAUGGUCCAUGCACCUCUUAUGUUACCAGCUUCAAGGAAGGUUUCAUCUCAGAUGGCUCAAGAGCAAGAGACUACUACCGGAAGCAGAAUGCCUAGGGCUGGAGAAUCUCUUUAUGCAGGGAGGAGUGAAAUUGUCGAAAUACCAGCUUCUCCCAGGGAAAUCAAGGGUAAUGGACUUCACAACAAUGCAGAAUCUAGUAAAAGAAGUUUACAGCAUGCACGAGUGGGAGGUUCAGCAGUUCCAUAUGAGACAUGUAGCGUCGAUUCUAUGUCAGAAAGAAGGAAACUUGGUAAGCAAAGUCCGAGUAAGAGCCUUGUGCGAAGCAAAGUUUCCCUUGCUCAUGUAAUUCAGCAAGCAGAAGGCUGUACACAGCAAACUGGAUGGUCCAAUCGUAAAGCGGUUUCUAUAGCUGAAAAGCUUGAACAAGAAAAUUUGAGACUAGAACCUAGAUCACGAAGCUUGCUAUGCUGGAAAGCAUCUAGAGCAACCCGACGAAAGCUUUCUCGUUUGAAAAUUAGUACAAGAAGACCAAAUUCACUGCUGAAGCUUGUGUCUUGUGGGAAGUGCCUCUCUUCAAAAUCUCCAAGGUAGGUAGGUAGAAGAUGAAUUUUUAAAUGGCUUCUGAGCAUA